AUCCAAACGCGGCCUUAUAAAACUGAAGAACACUCUUCGAACACAGUUCUUUCCAACUCCCCUUAUCUAAAAUUCAAUCUUUUAAAACUUCCUAGUAUCAAAACCAGUUAAAAAUCCUAAUCAAGAUUCGAGCGUGUGUGGUGUGGUCAUUAUUCAGAGAAUCGCGUGAACGAAAUGCUGGGUUUCCGAAGAUUUCCGACGCAGUUACAGCACAACGUUGUUUUCCAGAAUCCCAUCACAAACUAUCUUCAAUUGCCUCCCCAAUCCCACUUCCCACAUUCAGCCCGCCUCAACUUGGAAGCUGUUCUAGUAAAAACACGAAGUGGGUUGUGCUGCAACGCCUUGAAAACCAACAAAAAAGGCGGCUAUAGCGUGAAAGGAACAGACGAAGCUGACGAAUUCGAAGACGAAGAUUUUGACGUCGAGUUCGUAGAAGACGGCAAUGGCGGAGGCGAAUUGGACGAGGAUGAAGAUGACGUCUUUAUUCCUCUGAAAGAUAUGAAGAAGUGGCUGGAGAGGCGGCCGCGUGGGUUCGGCGAAGGCAAAGUGUACGAUACUACGAUUGAGGAUCAGUUGAUGGAAGAAAUCGAGCAAAGUAGGGUAGCCCAGCUUGCAAACGUGAAAAAACUCAAGGAAAAUCCACUAAAACCCACUCCCAAGAAAGACAAAGAACCUCAACCUAUCCAUGAUGGAUUUCGAGUGCGUUUGGUCAAUCUUCCUAAGAAGAAGAACAUUCAUAAGGAUUUACGACUAGCAUUUCAAGGAUUUCCUGGAAUAGUAAAUAUAGUCCCAGUAGUUUCUGGAAAUGAAAAAACAAGGGAUCCAGUUUGCAAAGGAUUUGCUUUCGUCGACUUCAAGAAGGAGAAUGAAGCACAUAGAUUUGUGCAGAAAUUCACAGGUAAAAGCAUAGCCUUCGGCAAGGUUGAAAAGCAAAUAAAAUGUGAAAUGGUGAAUUUAAAGCUGCCGAAGGCUGAAUGUGAUCAAUCAGUGGAUGGGAGUAACGACCCUUCUCGACAAUCCAUUCUAAACUCCAAUGAAGCGACCGAUGGUUCACUGCUGCAUUCAUCGGAAGAGAGUGUAGCUAGUGAAGUCAGUGAUGCAGAUGAGAGGCGUGAUGUAUCUGGACAAUGGGAAGAAGAUGAUGGAGGGAUCAACGUUGCCUCAACUACCACCGGCUCUGAUUUAGCUGAUGAACCGGAUGAAGGAAAAGAGUCUGCAAUCGACACCAAGCAGACAAGAAAAGCAAAGAAGCGUCCAAAAAAGGUGGCAUCAAGACGAGUGAAAGCCAAUGUUCCAACACUAGACAUACCGGGAUCUGCCAAGAAGCUGAAAAUUAGAGAGCAGGCGGUACUCUCAGGCGUAUUUUCAAAAUACGGAGCAGCCGCUGCUUCAACUGUAAAGGUAAAAGAACAGAGUAGAUAGCAGAAGAAGAGUUAUUUUGUGUUUCAAGAAUGUGAGGGAAUUUCUCUAGCACCUCGUUCAGAAAUUGUGAGCUUUCUGCCUUGUUAAAUUCAUUUGACGUUGUUUCUUCACUGCUCUGUAGAAAUCAGCUUAGAUUGAUGGACAUGGUUGAGCAUUAGAAUCUGGUAUUCCAUUUACUAUUGCAUCGUCACUACCACUUGCGUCGUCGAUCUAUAUAUAUUGAUGAUAUCAUUUUAUAUACACCGUGUAUGCUAAAAUUUGUAUAAAUACUAUCUGUAGUCUGUAACGAAUAAUAUUCUCUCUGUUUUUUUUUUUACUUAGAAGAGAGGUUUGAACUCUA